CCCCCCAGCCUGUACCGAGCCAGUCCGUGCGUCCUCCCCGGCAGACGGAGUGGACCUCCGGGAAGUUGGCGCGGACCUGCUCCGUACGCGAGUGGAAGUGAUGGAGACUUCUUAGUUUCUGGGAAGUUCUGCUGUUACAUUCCUGAAAGAAUUCCGGGCUGCCUGUUUGGGAAUCUUCUGUUUGACAUCUGAGGAUCAGUUUCUGGGGAGAGGAGAGGUUUCUCCUCACUCUCCUCUUCAUCACCACCAUCAUUCCGUCCGGACCGGAACCCGUCUGGGUUUUAUUUUCUCCCAUGAUUUCCCUGCAGGAUUCUGAGGAGGAUUUCAGAUAAAAUCCCAGAUCUGCUGGACUGGAUCUGUUUCUGUCGAACUCAGAGGGACCGGAGCGGAGCGGCAUGGGUCUGGUUCCGGGUGGAUAUACCGGGGAUGUUUGGACCGCGCUGGUUCCGAAGAGAAGUACCGGAGGAGUCUACCUGCUGUUGGUCUGCUGUCUGCUGGGAGCUCAGGGCUCCGUGCACGCCUCAGACUUCCCGUUAUCGUCCUCUCUGUCGAGUCCUGGCUUUGUGGACUUCGGUUUCACUCAGGAACCUCAGGAUGCGGUGACGGUCCGAGGCGGCACGCUGCAGCUCGACUGCCAAGCUCAGACAGACGCACCGACUGGACCGCCAACCAUCACGUGGCGGAAAGACGGCGUGUUGCUCAGCACAGUGGUGGACGAGCGACGGAGACAGCUGAGCAACGGGACACUGCUGGUGCAGAACGUGCUCCAUUCCAGGCACCACCGGCCUGACGAAGGGGGUUACCAGUGCCUCGCUACACUGGACGGACUGGGAAGCAUCGUGAGCCGGACGGCGAGCGUCACCGUGGCAGGUCCGCUGAGGGUGAUCGUUCCGACCGAGUCCGUGUCCUCCUACCUCGGCGACACGGCUCUGCUGCGCUGCGAGGUCUCUGGUGACCCGGUACCCGUCAUACGCUGGCAGAAGAACCGGGAGGACCUGCCGCUGACCUUUGAACCUGACUCCCGCCUCGCAGUGUUGCCGUCCGGCUCGCUGCAGGUCAGCCGGGUUCAGCCGCCAGACUCGGCCAUGUACCGCUGUCUGGCCGAUAACCCGGGCAGCACCAGAACCGGGACGGACGCGGAACUCCGAGUGCUUCCAGAACCCGGACUGAGCCGGAACCUGCAGUUCCUCCAGCGUCCUUCCAGAGUCACGGCUCUGCUGGGAGCCGAUGCCGUUCUGGAAUGUUCCGCCUCCGGAUAUCCGACUCCCAGCAUCCACUGGAGGAGAGGAGACGAAGUCAUCCAGAGCUGGAACAAGAAGUUCUCUCUGCUGGCGGGCAGCAACCUGAUCAUCAGAACCGUGACGGACGAUGACUCCGGUACCUACAGCUGCACGGCCACCAACAAGAACCAGAACAUCACGGCCCAGGCAGAACUCAGCGUUCUCGUUCCUCCUCAGUUCCUGAACUACCCGACCAGCGCCUACGCCUACGAGUCUACCGAUAUCGAGCUGGAGUGCGCCGUGACCGGAAACCCACCUCCGUUCGUCCGCUGGAUGAAGAACGGGGAGGAGGUCAUCCCUAGUGACUACUUCCAGAUAGUGGACGGAACCAACCUGCAGAUUCUGGGAUUGGUGAAGUCGGAUGAAGGAUUCUAUCAGUGUGUGGCUGAGAAUUCUGCCGGCUGCUCUCAGGCCAUGGCUCAGCUGGUGCUCCGAGACCCAGUGUCCCCCAGCCCAGGCGUUGUCCUCUCCUCUGCCCCCCGCGACCUGGUCCCUGUCCUAGUGUCCAGCCGAUUCGUGCGACUCAGCUGGCGCCCGCCAGAAGAGACCGGAGGAGGCGUGCAGACCUACGGCAUUUAUUACUCCCAGGAUGGAGUCGAGAGGGAACGGUCUGUGAACGUGUCGGAGCCUGAGACUCUGGAGCUGACAGUUUCCAACCUGAAACCAGAAGAGACGUACAGUUUCAGAGUCGUGGCGUACAACGAUGUUGGGCCUGGAGAAAGCUCCGCCCCCUUGAAGAUCACCACCAAGCCAGACCUCCAGGUUCCCAGCAGAGUGGAGUCCCUCCAGGCCUCGGCUCUGUCUCCCACCUCCAUCCAGGUCAGCUGGGAGCCUCCAAACCAACCCAACGGGCCCAUCCUGGGAUACAGACUGCUCUGGACUGAGAGUCCGUCUGGAAAAGAACAAAGCGUGGAGGUCAGCGGACUCAACUACAAGAUGGACGGACUCGAUAGGUUCACUGGUUACAACGUUCGAGUCCUGGCCCUCAACCGUUAUGGACCAGGGACCGGGUCUGAGACCGUCAGCGUCACCACCCUCUCAGACGUUCCCAGCGCUCCUCCUCAGAACAUCACAUUAGAGGUCGUCCUCUCCAGGAGCAUCAAGGUGUCAUGGCAGCCACCUCCUCGCGGCGCUCAGAACGGUGUCAUCAGCGCUUACAAGAUCAAGUACAGGAAGACCGGUCGCCGUGGAGACCAAGAAGCCAUCGAGCCCAACAACUUCUGGUACCUGUUCACAGGUCUGGAGAAGGGCAGCCAGUACAGCUUCCAGGUAGCAGCCAUGACGGUGAAUGGAACCGGGCCUGCCAGCGACUGGUACACGGCCGAGACGCCGGAGAACGACCUGGACGAGAGCCAGGUCCCCGACCAGCCGAGCUCGCUGCACGUGCGACCGCUCCCCAACAGCAUCAUCAUGUCCUGGACUCCGCCCCUCAGCCCCAGCAUCCUGGUUCGAGGUUACAUCAUCGGAUACGGCGUGGGAAGUCCGUACGCCGAGACGGUCCGGGUUGACAGCAAGCAGAGAUACUACUCCAUCGAAAACCUGGAACCGAGCUCCCACUACGUCAUCUCCCUGAAGGCUUUUAAUAACGCUGGAGAAGGAGUUCCUCUCUACGAGAGCGCCGUCACCCGGUCUCUGACAGAUCCCAUCGACCCUUUAGAAGACGACCUUUUCCACCUCUUUGAUAAGUACCCCACUCCCAUGCCAGACACCAGCACUCCCAUGAUCCCCCCAGUAGGAGUCCAAGCUGUGGCGCUGUCCUCGGACUCUGUACGGGUCUCCUGGGCCGAUAACUCCAUGACCAAGAACCAGAAAUCCUCCGAGGUCCGGUACUACUCCGUCAAGUGGAAGUCCAGCUUCUCAACCAGUGGGAAGUUCAAGUCCGCAGACACCACGGCUCUCAGCCACACCGUCACCGGCCUGAAACCAAACACCAUGUACGAGUUUGCCGUCAUGGUAACCAAAGGUCGCAAGUCCAGCACCUGGAGUAUGACGGCCCAUGCCACCACCUAUGAAGCAGCUCCUAGCUCCGCCCCCAAAGAUCUAACUGUGAUCAGUCGUGAGGGGCGUCCUCGAGCCGUCCUCAUCAGCUGGCAGCCGCCGAUGGAAGCUAACGGACGAAUCACAGGUUACAUCCUGUACUACACGCUGGAUAAGAACCUGCCCAUAGACGACUGGGUGAUGGAGACCAUCAGCGGGGACCGGCUGACCCACCAGGUGAUGGACCUGAACCUCGACACAGUUUAUUAUUUCAGGAUUCAGGCCAAAAACGCCAAAGGAGUCGGUCCUCUCUCUGAGCCGGUCCAUUUCAGAACCACUAAAGUGGAACUCCCAGACAAAAUGGCCAACGACCAAGGUCAGAGAGGAGAGCACGCCUACUGGCCCCCCGACUCCAACCUGAUUGACAGGAGCAGCAUCAACGAGUCUCCCAUUGGUCAGAUGCGUCCCCCUCACGGCAGCGUCACGCCUCAGAAGAGCAGCAACCUCCUGGUAAUCAUCGUGGUCUCUGUGGGCGCCGUCACCGUGGUCGUGGUCGUCAUUGUGGCUCUGAUCUGCACCCGCCGCUCCUCCGCCCAGCAGAGGAAGAAGAGAGCAAGCCACAGCGCCAGUAAAAGGAAAGGCAGCCAGAAGGAGCUGCGUCCUCCGGACCUCUGGAUCCACCACGAGGAGAUGGAGAUGAAGAACAUGGAGAAGGCUCCGAGCGUUGCUCCGUCUGGACACGACUCACCCAUUCAGUCCUGCCAGGACCUCCCCCAGGUGGCUCACAGCCAAUCAGAGAGCCAGAUGGGCAGCAAGAGCAGCCACUCAGGUGCCGAUGCUGACGAGGCAUCCAGCGGGAUCUCCACCUUGGACCGCUCCCUUGGUGCCAGGAGAGGAACACGAAGCAAAAUGAUGAUUCCCAUGGACUCCCAGCCCAGCAACACUCCUGUGGUCAGCGCCAUCCCAGUGCCGGCCCUGGACUCGUCUCAGUAUCCUGGGAUUCUCCCAUCACCUUCCUGUGGUUUCACACACAACAAGUUCAGCCUGAGACCCAUGCAGUUCCCCAGCCUGACGGUGGACCGAGGAUACACCCCAGCGAUGUCCUCAGACGCCUCCACCAAUCCCCUCCUCCAACAACAGCCCCCUCUCCAGCAGACUGCUCCCCUCCUGCCCGGAUCCUCCACCUCCUCCGGGGAGCUGGUUCCUCCCGUCGGCCCGGUCCCGGGGGCCCCAGCCUCUACAGCUGCCUCCGAGGAGACCCAAGUGGGGGGGAACCGGUCCAUCCCGACGGCCUGCGUUCGUCCCACCCACCCGCUACGGAGCUUCACCAACCCACUGCUGCCCCCGCCGAUGGGAACCAUCGACCCAAAGGUUUACGCCUCCAUGAUGCCACAGUCCAGUGCGAGCCUUCCGAAGCCCCAGGUGAAGACGGCCUCUUUGGGUCAGGCUGGUAAAGCUCGCUCUCCGCUGUUGCCGGUUUCGGUACCAACGGCGCCGGAUUUACUAGAAGAGGAAGGAGUGAAGCCGGCUGACGAUUCAGCGACCAACGUUUACGAGCAGGACGACCUGUCGGAGCAGAUGGCCAGCCUAGAGGGGCUGAUGAAGCAGCUCAACGCCAUCACCGGCUCCGCCUUCUAGCCAACGCCGCUGGCCUGGCCCGAAACGGACCCCGAAGCCACAGACUGGUCUGGAACCCGUCUUCAAGCCUUGAUGUCACCACGAGCAUCGACUGGUCAGUCAGGGUCUGAAGAUGCCCCCGAUGUAACCUGAUCUCCAUCUCUUUGGUUCCUGCCGGUCCCGGUUUCCGUCCUUUGGGAUCGGGAUCCGGUAAAAGGGAACUAAACAGAUUUUCAGCGUUGACUCUACAAACAGAACCAGUUCUGAUGGGUUCUUGGGGAGUUUAAAUGGAAACCCUUAAGAUUCAGGAACUUCAAACGUAAAACUCUGACACCUACAGCCUCCACGCAACGGGACCUGAGGAAUUCCCGCCUUUUUCUCCCGGCUGUGGUAUUUAUUAGCGUCCUCCUCCACUGAGCCAACGCCGGCUCGGUUACUGUGACCGUACCUCACGCCACCACCGGAAGUAUUCCUUUAUUUUUCCACUCUGUUUACAGAAGUUCUACGAAAACUUUCUCAGCCACCAAAGUUUUCCUUUUGUUUUCCAUGUUGCUCCCGUUGAUCCUCUCCAGCUUUCUCCUUUUCUUAGCUCCCGUUUUCUGUGACAGAACAGGAAAUUCUGCAGAAUGAGCCAAGCAGCGCGUUUGAUGAAACGUUCCAGUUUUUCUGCCUGGGCUCUGUAAAAUUCCCGGUGGACUUCCGUUGUCCCGCUCUUCUCCCAACUUCUCGUGCUGCUGCCAGAUUCUGCUCCGUGGAAGCUUAUCGUCACCAGUUCUGGUUUUGCUGCUUUUUCGUGUCUGUGUCAGUCAGACUGGAUAUCAGAACAAGUGGAAGCUUCAGGAGAACCUGUCAGAGGGAUCGGUGGCGCCCCCUGCUGUCUGGAGAACUACAGAGGAGAAGUUUGGGGAAGAAAGAGAUGGAGAGAUGGAGGAAUAACUGAGCCGUUUUAUUUCUAACACUCAUUUCUAAUAAACCACAAAGUGCUUCAGAAAUAUGACAAACAGAUCAAAUCGAACCAGGAAAUAACCGGCGUCACCAGGAUCAUUCCAACAAACAUCCCAACCGGAGUCGCUUUGGUUGCAUUACCUUCAUUUAGGCCAUGUUUGUGUGCUUCUGUGUAAACGGUUUAUAUCGUCUCCAUAUCAGCUCCCUGAACAGCCUCUGUUCAGAGAAAUAGUGUUUAGUGGAUUGAUGCGCUAACAGCUAGUUUAAAUGAUGAACAAAGUCUCUUCCUGUUGAUUUAAAUUUGCUCCAGUCGGCUACAUUUCCCAAACGUUUGAGAUGUUUUCCAUAAAUCUUGACACCAGUGUUGGUUUCAGAGGAAACUGGAUUUGUAGACGUUCGUUUUGACGCAUCGUUAUAGAAAAACAACUUUUCAUUUAGUAACAGAAAAUCGUGCGUUUUUCUACUAAAACAACUCAGGAUGAUGUUUGGCCCAGGUGAUCUCACCAUUUAUCAGAAUUUAACUACGAGUUUGGCGCAUCAGCGUGUAAAAGACAUCCUGAUGCCUGCGAGAAAACACUUCCCAUAAAAGACCAUCUGGUUCAUAUCACAGUCACACUUUCCAGGGAACAAUCCAUCAGAUAUGUGGAAAACCGUUCUAAGCUUAUUUCUACUUAAACAAGUCUUCCUCUGCUUCAGCUUAACCAUUGAACUAAACAAUCCAGAUAAUAAUCCAGAUUUACAUGUAAACAACUACAGGAUUAUUACUAUUGAACUCUAAAUUUAAGACAAAAGGAAUAUGCCUCUCUCAGACUAGCCGUUAGCUCAUCAGUCCUGUAAACUCUAUUUCUCUGAGCAAAGGCUGCUCUGGAAGCUUUCUAUUGGGAUUUAGAAGUAUAUUUUACCAGAAACACUCGGUCCCUUUAGUGGGAGAGGAAAUAAUCUCCUGUUCAGAAUUAGAUGGCAGGAGCGGAUAACCUUUGUUAGGGUCUAAAUUCUCCCAAAGCAGGAAAAGAAGCCUGUAGGAAGGAAGCUGAACCGUUCCCGACUCACAGCGGUGGCGACUGAAGGGUUCCAGUAAAAGAUGAGAAUUCCUGUGGACUCUGGAGUUUUCACUGAUGAACAUGCUCCUCCGUCAGCCGUGACUCCUCCCAUCGGCUUUUGGGGGAGGGGUGUGUGUGAGGCGCUGAUCGUAAAGUAAGGCAUUUAAUUAUUAACGGCUGCGUUUAGCCUCAGAAGAUUAGGAUGUUUAGUCUAAAUGUUUCAACAUAAAUCCAAAUAUUUCUGUUGAAAUCAAACAUUGAAAUCUAAAUAUUUGUCUAAAUGGUGGAAUCCACAAAUAAAAACGACUUUUAAAGUGGCAGUGUGUAGUUACCUGCCACUAGGGGGCAGCACAUUUCAGGGUAGGUUUACAGCAUAUCGCCGUGACUGUUGCUUGUUUUAAAAGACAUUACGGUAAAUGUCACCUGGAGCAGAAAGCACGCCGCCUCGGCGUGACACCUCAGGCUUUGAUGGUCCUUCAGUUGACUCCAUCAAGACAAGGCAAUGCUGGUUGUAGUUUUCUGGCGCUGUAGUUUCUGGAUGUGCUCGGGGUCCUGCACCUGCCGAUGACCUCAUCAUUCCACGGCAAUACCUCUCGACCAAAACAUGUUGCAUAUCUCUUUUCUGAUUCUGUUCUUUCACAUGUUUUGGAAAGAGUUUAGUGGUUUUGUUAUUAAAUUUAUGUUUCUUACUAACUAAAUGUUUUUGAACGUGGUAACGUGACUUCCGUAAUUCGUAGUCAGCCAGUCAUCUAGUGUGAUGUCAUCAACAGGCGCAGGACCCCGAGCCGGCAAGGAGGACACAGCAUUCAAUAUGGCGUCCCCCAACAACGCCAGACCCCACACCCUAAGUCCUUUAGACCUGAUUUUUAUGGUUCGGUGGUAUGAACCCGCCGAAUGGACUUCAUUUCAUUCACGUUUCAAUGGAUAUUUCCAGAGAUUAUUGGUAAAAACUCAGGGUAUCUGCAGGUCCUUAAAAAGUCUUAAAGUCUUACAUUUGCUUUUCCAAAUUUAAGGACUUAAAUAGUUUCCAAAGGUCUUAAAUUACCAAAGACCCAAUAAACAAGAUUCUUUUAUUUCUAUAAAAUUUUCGUGAAUUUCUAGUUAGUGUUCAGCGUUUUUGUGUAUGAUGUUGGCAUAAGCGGAACCGUACACGUUCAGUUGGUUGUGAAAGGGGACUAUUUUUAGAUGAGCGUGCUAGUGGGAGUUUGCGCCACGGGGAAGUGCAACAUUAAUGGUAACUGGACGGCUAAUCCCAUGUUCACGACAUGGUUAGCACCGGUUCCAGGCAAUAGCUGGAAAUUAUAGCUUAAAUUUAAUUUAAAAAAAAUACCAUAAAUUUGGUCAAAGUGGCCUUAAAAAGGUCUUAAAAAGUCUUAAAUUUGGCUCCCUUAAACCUGCAGAUACCCUGAAAACUACAAACUUCAACUAAAUUUGUAGCUAAGUAGCUAACUAAGAUAGAAGCCAGGCUGAAGAGGACUAAGGUCCAAACCAAUCAUGAAUCCUUUAAUGAUGGUUCUGUUCUGGUUCUUCCUGCGCCUUCGUAAGACAUCUGCGGUCAAACAGAAACACGCCAUCCAACAGAACUUUGAUUACUGUCUGCAUUAGCAGGCUAGUUAAAUAUUUAGUUUUUGUUUGAGAUAUCUAUUUAGAUGUUUUGAUUUAAUAGUUAAAAAUAUAAUUCUAAUAUUAUGAUUUGAUUUUAUACACUUGGACUUUAUUAAAAAUGGUGGUGUAUACUUUACUUGUGACUUAUAAGUUAACUUUACUCAUUCUAAUUUAGUUAUUAUUGAAAUUAACCUUGAAUAAUUAUGCUGAGUUCAGAAUAGUCGAUGUAACUUUUUACAUUCAGAUUUGAUUCGUCAGCUUAAUAUUUAAAUUAUUAAUAUGUCUGAAUUUAAUAUUUAAAUUUAUGUUUGAAUCUAAAUAAUUUAAAAUUUUGAUGAACGUAAUUCUAUAUAUUUUUUUACUAUAAAGUGUCUUUUUUUUGCUGCAUUACUUUUUAAGCGUAUUACUUUACAAUCAGCGCCCCGUAGGUGUACACCGUGGACCCCUUAAGUCCAGUGUUGCUGCUCCGCUUUUCAAACCCGGACGUUUCAGAGCACCGGGUCCAGAUUAAACCGGUUUUAAAUGACGAGUCAUCCGUCAGCAGAGGAAGGAAGAGCAGGAAUCAGUAUUCUCUGUAGUCGUCACCUCAGUCACCAUAUUGUAAUUUACGGCCUUUAUCUUUGUGUGAUGAAGAGAGAAGGCCCGAGGGAGCGAGCCCAGCUCAUUCCAUAUUCUGUUCUGGUUCGGAUGUGCGAGCUCAGGCGCAGAGGAACGGCGCCUGGAAUUCAUUAUAACGCCAUUUUAAAUCUUACGAUUCAAGCUCACGCUCGCUGCGGCGUUACGUCGGUGGGGAGAAGUCCUGGCGGUGGUGCCGAUGGGUUCGGGUGGAGGGGGGUGCAGAGGUGAAGGCAGCUGGGAUCAAACUCAUCAGGUACGAUGCAUCCAGUCCACACGCUUCCUGGCCUCCUUCAGAGGGCAGACGACAUGACCCACGUGCUGCCGAGCAGGACCAAGUGUGACUCCGACAGAAAAUUGGAUUUUCACCAUAAAUUCUAAACAGACCGACCCGAACUGGAGAGUUCCUUUCAGAGUGGGAAGGUAAAAACGACGGAACCAGGAAAUUAAAGGGUUUUUGUUCGGUCGUCUUUUCCAGUGUGGAACAUUUCAGCCACCGUUUGGUUCUUUACAUUUCAUUUCAUCAUCUGCUGGAAUAAAAACUUCCUUUCAUUCCACUUCUGUGGAUCAUCCUGGAAGGUUUUAAACUUUUAAGUUGCUUCUGGAAUCUGUAGAAGGUUCCUGAGCCGAAGACUCGUGGGAGAGAAGCGUUCCUGAUCAGCGGCGAAUGUCCCUCUCGUCGUGGGCUGUUCGCUUUUACAGAGGACCGUUUCACACGACAGGCAUGAGCAGAACUCCUCUUGUCUGAACAACAAGCAGCUGUAGUUUUCUAUUUUCCUCUGUCACAAAUGGUGAUGUUCAUUUGCAUAAAGGGGCGGGGCUUACAAGUAUUCCUGCAGCCAGCCAGUAGGGGUGCUUCAGCUGACCGCAACGCGUUUAGUUUUUUGUGUCUGGUGGCUCAAUGGUCACUAACUCCACAUGGAAAAUGCGCAUGUGUGACACAGGUGUGUUCUACGUGUGACUCUGGUCAUGUGAUCUCGCGGCCACGUGCUUCUCUGUCGGGUUCUCGUGUGGAAAACGUGUUGAGUUUUGUAGAAACAGGAAUUUUGCCUGUGGAGUGAACAGUUUCAGGUUUUCUUGUUUAGAUUCCAGAUUCACCACCGGAGCAGAAUAAGCAGCUCGUUUACUUAAUCAUCUUGUUUUUGGCGCCCCCUGCUGGCUCAGUGCAGAUGUCUCAGAAUCGUUUCAUAACGGGAGCGUUGCGUGGACGGUGGCUGGAGAUGAGCGGCCAUUUUAGGUCUGAUCAGUGAAGCAGGCGGAGGUCAGGGGUCAGAGGGACAGGUCUCAGAAGCAUAAACACUUGAGUAGCUGAAGGCUGAUUGGAUGAAUUAACAAACAUCUGGAUCCGUUGCCCCUCCGGUUCUCAUCUAGCUCUCGUUUCCGUCCUCGUGUGUUUCUUUUGUUGCCUUUGGGAUAAAGACGACGUCCUCUGUGCCUUUACUUUUUAAUGUUUUGUUCUUUUCCCACAUUUAGACACUUUAUUUGAAGUCUUUGUGAAACUUCCGUUUAUAUUAAAUUGCUCCUGCUGUAAAGUCGACACACGGAGAAGGGAAGAGACGGCGUUCCGCUCCGCUCAGCUGAGAGUUUAUCCCAAAAGCAAAGUGCCAGAUUCUUAGAUCUUCAGCAGCGGCUGUCAGACAUAUUUAACAGGACGUGAAACCACCAGGCGGUGGAAACCUGAGAUUUCAUCAGAGCGCCGGCAGCUCGCUGAUUUCAUUCUGAUUUAUAAAGCAAGCAGCAUUCUGGGUAAAGUGGCCGUCGGACCACCGGAGACGGUUGUUUUUACUGCUUUAGGUGUAACAUUUAGGAACUUCGACCACAUCUAUUAGCACGAACCAAAGUCUUAUCUGAACAGAAGUUUAACCUGUCAAAAUAAAAGCUCGUUAUGAGCAGGUGCUUUUAUUUUGACAGGAAGCAGCUAAAAGCUCCAUCCUGCAUCUCAGAACAUCCCAUUUAUCCUCAUUCUCAAAUGUAUCUGCCAGUAGAAUUCCCUCCGGAGCUGAAACCUUCCGGUUUCACGAGGACAGAUGUGAUGCUCCACGUUUUCAAACCCGCCAGAUGUUUGAUUUCUGCGUUUGUUCGGUUCCUGGUUUCUACUUUACUGUGAGGCGAAAGCGUUGCUGCAGCAGAAUACGUUCCAGAAAGCUGCCUUUUUUUUACAGUGUACAGCUCCUCUAGAGUAGAAGUGACUUUUUUAUAAUCAAAUUUAAUAUAUUAUUACUUUAUUUCCAGUGGACUUGAAAUCUAUUAUUUAUAACCAUGUGAUAUUUCAGCAUUAUGUGCAUUUAGUUUAGUAAAAAAGGACUGAAGUGCUGUCAUUUUGUUGGUUCUGUUUGUUGCCUUAAAGGUUUCCGUCUUUUGUUGUUAUUUUUGUUGUUGUGGAACGUUUAGAUUUAUUCAUGAGGAUCGUGUGACACCGAUGGUUGAGUUUUAGACGUCGUCGUGUUGAUUUUCUGUCUCUGACACGUAGGUCGGAGCUUUGAUCUCAUCUAUGCACUUCUUCAUAACCUCCUCGUGGGACGGACUUGGGCUCCAGAGUUUAUCACAUUAAAGGUGGGAAAUCCGAGUUUUCGGGCUCAAACCGGUGACUGAAGGAGCUGACCCAACUCAGCUGGAGUAACACCGUUUUAAAUGAUGUUCGUAAUCCAGCUGUUUGUUCUGAAAAGGUUUAGGACAGAUGCAGACGAGUCAUCCGCUAACCUGCGGAGUGUCGUUAGCUAACUUUAAUCCACUUCGACGCUCGGCUUUAGUGUCAAAGGUCGUAGUCGUUCAGGGGGACUACGCUUUUGCUGAGUCAUGUCUUGGUGAAGAACAGGUUUCAACAAACUUACUGAUUCUGAUUGAACUCUAACCCCUUCUUUCCACCGGAGCCGUCAGCAGCGCGAGUCGGCAGCGUCUCAGGAGCAGCAUGUCGCGGCCUUUACGCGCCGGUUCUAUUUUCUACGCGCGACGCCUCUGAAACGGGUCAAGUUCGACAUUUUUGGGGAAGGAAAGACAGGAAAUUGGACGCGGAAAUGGAGCGAAGCUCCCGAGAUUUUCAGAAUAAAGAAACGUACUGCCUUCCGGUUGCUUUACUUUUAAAAAAAGUUACUAACUGUGCGGCCCCGUGAGAAGUUAUCACCUAGCUAGCGGUCUCCUUUGUUUUUCAGGUCCGUAUUGGCGAUUAUAAAACGGACAGAACAUAAAACACAAACCAUGUUGUAGUUUUCGCCUGCUUGUUGUUGUGUUUAAUGACGAAGUCACUCGUGUGAUUUCGUGCUCGGUCGGUGACAGCUGCUCCCCUGCUGCUACGCGUCCCGUGGGAAGGGCCGAGCAGCAGCUUACGCGAGCAAGACGUGCCGCUGCAGUAACGUGCUGCUGACGGCUCCGGUGGAGAGAAGGGGUAACACAACAUGAAGAUUUGUUUUAUGCUAAAAACAUAUUUCAUCUCAGAGAAUCUUGGUAGAAAUGGAUUCUGAAGGUACAGAAAGGCUGAUUUAAAUGGACCAAAGUUUACAAACCGACAGAGAACUUCAAACUCCUGGAAACAGGAGACCUCCAACGCUGAUUUCCUCACGUUGUUUUGCUUUUAUUCUCUCGUCUGUUUGAACAUUUAAGGAGGAAAACCUGUAACAGAAAUCCUCUGUUUUAGAAAGUUUGGUGUGAAGUCGACUCCUGUUUGAGGACGACUGCUAAAAAAAGGAAGAUUAGCACCUCGUGUCAUCAGCUACGUGAAAUCGAGCCUUUCCUCUGGCUCGCAGACGCUCGCGUCCUUCAUCUUCAGGUUGAGUUAAAGAUCCCGAGUCCUCUCUACCAAGUUAACUGUGUGACAUUUAAAAUGUGUGUUUAGUUCAUGUGGAAGGAGGGUGAUGAUGGUGAUGAUGAUGAUGAUGAAUUGUUUCCAUCCAUCUGGUUGUUUUCCGUUUGGUAACGCACUCUAGAACAGUCCCAUUGAUGCUUUUUAUAGAAACGUUAUUUCAAUGGUUCAUUCUUUUUGUUUGAUAAAUAAAGUUUUGAUACAAAAACAAA